GUGGCUAUAAAGCAGCAGCAGAGAGGAACAGAAAUACAACAGGAGUCAUGUGGAGCCGAGGCGUCCUGCAGACAAUCAGACGAGCGUCCACCAACAGACAGGCGGGAGUCCUCUUCGAUGUGGACGGCGUCCUCCUCCGUGGACGUUCUGUCCUUCCAGGAGCUCGUCGAGCUCUCAGAAAACUUCUGGAUCAAAACAACAACUUCCUGUUUCCUGUUGUCUUUGUCACCAAUGCAGGAAGCUGUCAGAGACAGGACAAGGCGGAGCAGCUGUCCAAUCUGCUGGACGUCCAGAUUGCCCCUGAGCAGGUGGUUCUUUCCCACAGUCCUUUGCAAAUGAUGAAGAGUUUCCAUGACAGGUGUGUCCUGGUGUGUGGACAGGGACCAACAACCAGCAUCGCAACACAUACUUUGGGUUUCCAGAAGGUGCUGAGCAUUGAGCAGCUCGCACAACAGCACCCCCUACUGGACAUGGUCGACCACCAGAGGAAGCCCACACCACCUUCAUCACCUGCACAGAGUCUGCCCCAGAUACAAGCAAUCAUCCUGUUUGGGGAGCCAAUCAAAUGGGAGACCAACCUGCAGCUGCUGAUUGACGUGCUUCUGACCAAUGGUAGACCUGGCAACGUGCACGACACCCAGCUGUUGAACCAGCUCCCCAUUCUCGCCUGCAACAUGGACCUGCUGUGGAUGGCCGAGGCGCCUUCACCACGGUUUGGUCAUGGGAUGUUCCUGUUGUGUCUGGAGUCGGUCUACAGGAAACUGACGGGCCAAGAGCUGCGCUAUGAGGCUCUGCUGGGUAAACCCAGUCUGCUCACCUAUCAGUACGCCGAGCAGCUGCUACGACUGCAGAACCACAACCGCAAACUGACCACCGUCUACGCUGUCGGUGACAACCUGCUGACGGACAUCUAUGGUGCUAACCUGUACAAUCGUUACCUGGCCCAGCAGCACAUUGCCAUGACAACCGCUGCCAAGCUGGUUGCCCAGGGAACAGGGAGUCAGGUGACGACGGCAGAGGAGGAGGUGGUGUGUGCUGCUCAGUGUCGCUCUAUUCUGGUGUGCACAGGUGUCUAUGACCCUCGCUCCCUGUUGCCUGGCGACCAAAACAGUGGUGUCUCAGAGACGGUGUUUCAUGGUCACAGAGACCUGGCGCUGGAGCCGGACCUGGUGGAGCCGAGUCACGUGGUGAAGGACGUGGAGGCGGCGGUGGACCUGCUGCUGCAGCAGGAGAGCAGCGUGACCUCCGACCUCUGACCUCAGGACAACAUGAUGAAAGAAACUUAGAAACAGAAGAAGUCACAGCUCUCUAAUCAACCUGACUGACCGCUGAAGACGUUAGAUGAACAUGAACUGCUCUGUGAUUUAUGUUGGGAACACAAAUAAUAAUAAUCAGCUUCAUCUGAUAGUUCACACCACAGUUACAAACACGAUUCAUUCAGUAUCACACACACAGCGCCAUCCAGUGAUGGAUGCUGAAACUGCAAACCAGCUAAAAUGAUUAAAAUGAAGAAUGACAGGGUUAGAGAUCCGCAAGGAAACACGAUGAAUUGGACAAAUCUUACUCAUUAAACUGUUGCAGAUUGUUAUGCAAAUUACUUUGUCUGUUGUUUUUGUUUUUAACCAAUUAUUCACCCUUGGCAUGUUUUUAGCAGAUUUUAUGUGUUUUCUUGAUUAUUUGUGUUUUUGUAUUUCAGCUUCUGUUUACCCCGAUUUCAGAUGUUUUAAGCAUAUUUUAUACCAUUUUAACAGAUUUAAGGUAUUUUUUAACGUAUCUUGUGUUUUUAUUAGCAGAAAUAGUGUAUGUACAAAUAUAGUUCAUAAAUGUUUAACAGAUUUUGUAUAUUUUUUAACAUACUGCUGGUGUUUUCCAGAUUAUUUGCCUGUUUGGACUUCAGCCUCUUGACAUGUUUUUCAGACAUGAUUUAUUUUUACCACAAUAAAUGAAUUUUUUAAAAACA